ACAUGCAUACGGAGAUGUAAUCCCCCUAAGGGACAAGGGAAGAUUGACUGUAUUGGUGGAACAUAUGUGGGGAAUCAUACCGUUUGUAAUAAGACAAUAGACAUUGGGACUUCAAUCUCUGUUAAUACUACAGCAUGGCCAGUGCCGGAAGGGAGAGGGUGGUACUGGCUAUGCAACGACACUGCUCGGAAAGUGUUACCUGGAGAUUGGAUGGGAACAUGUACCUUGGGAGCAGUGAUUCCAAAUAUAACUAUACAUAAUUCCCCACUAAAAGGAACACCUCUCCUAAGGGCUAAACGAGAUAUUGAAAAUCCUUUAGUAAGAAGGCCCACUGCCUUCCAUAGUUUUGCCCGGUGGUUCCUUCCAUGGUUGGGAGUAAGUGAACUGGAAAAAGCCAUUGUCAAUAUAUCAGCAGUAAUAGAGAACAUCGAAAAUCGGACAAUAGAUGCGAUAAAAGCACUACAACUAGAGGUAUCUAGCCUGUCUCAGGUCGUGUUACAAAAUAGAAUGGCAUUAGAUAUGUUGUUGGCCUCCCAAGGUGGAGUAUGUACGAUCGUUAAUGCUAGUUGUUGUAUGUAUAUAGAUCAAAGUGGAAGAAUUUCUACAGACCUGGAAGAGAUUAAGAAACAAACUGCAGUUUUACACGAGGUAACGAGAGAUGACCUAACAUGGGGGUUUGAAGAGAUGUGGAACAAAUUAACAUCAUGGUUACCUAAUUUUGGUUGGUUAAAGCAAAUUUUUGUUAUGAUCAUUGUCCUUUUGGCAUUGGGAAUAUUGAUCUGUAUCAUGAUAAAAUGCUUUAUGUGGCACUGUCAAAAUACUGUAAAAAGCUAUGAAGAUUGGAAACGAAACAAAAUAAGACACCAAUUAGAAACAGGGAAAUACUUUGAAUCUUUCAAAGAAGAUGAAAAUCUGUGA